GGUCGUGGGGCGGGGCCAGCGUCGGUAGCCACCCCCUCCGCCUCAGCAGUAGUACCUCCGUCUGCAUCAGCCGGCAUCCCCCGUCCCGGUGCUCGGGCGGGGCCGAGCUUCCAGUCCACAGGCGCGGUCCGGAGCAGCGAGGAUGGCUCUGGGCGAGGAGCCGGCCGCGGGCGCGCCGGAGGACGGGGCGGAGGACGAGGCGCUGGCCCGCGGCGGCUUCCUCGAGUCGUUCUGCGAGAGCGCGGAGACGCGCGCGCUGCUCGCCCGCCUGCCGGCGGUACUCGGCGACCGUGCGGCCCGGGAGGGCGCCCUGGAGCGGUUCCGAGUGAUCAUGGACAAGUACCAGGAGCAGCCUCACCUGCUGGACCCACACCUCGAAUGGAUGAUGAACUUGUUGUUGGAUAUAGUACAAGAUAAGACAUCUCCAGCUGACCUCAUACAUCUGGCUUUUAAAUUUCUUUACAUCAUCACCAAGGUUCGAGGAUAUAAAACAUUUCUUCGUUUAUUUCCUCAUGAAGUGGCUGAUGUACAACCUGUUUUAGAUAUGUUUACAAAUCAAAAUCCUAGAGACCAUGAAACUUGGGAGACUCGCUACAUGCUUUUACUGUGGCUCUCCGUGACCUGCCUGAUUCCUUUUGAUUUUUCUCGCCUCGAUGGGAACCUUGUCGCUCCACCUGGGCAGAUUCGAAUGUCCACAAUGGACCGUAUUCUCGAAGUAGCAGAGACCUACUUGGUUGUCAGCGACAAGGCCCGAGAUGCGGCUGCUGUCCUCGUGUCCAAGUUUGUUACACGGCCUGAUGUCAAGCAGAAGAAGAUGGCAGGUUUCCUGGACUGGAGCCUGCACACUUUGACUCGCUCCUCCUUCCAGACCAUCGAGGGGGUCAUUGCCAUGGAUGGCACGCUGCAGGCCCUGGCGCAAAUAUUUAAGCAUGGAAAACGUGAGGAUUGUUUACCCUAUGCCGCAACGGUUCUCGAGCGCCUGGCGGGUUGCAGGCUCCCCUGCAGCAACCAGACCCUGCUCCGGAAACUUGGAGUGAAGCUCGUCCAGCGGCUGGGACUGACCUUCCUGAAGCCCCGGGUGGCAGAGUGGAGGUACCAGCGUGGCUGCCGCUCGCUGGCCGCUAACCUGCAGCUCUGCGCCCAGAGUCCGCGGGAGCCGACAGUGCACACCGAGACUCCCGCUGGUGAUGGAGACUGUGAUGUCCCCGAGGAGGUGGAGAGCGUGAUAGAGCAGCUGCUGAUCGGGCUGAAGGACCAGGACACGAUUGUGCGGUGGUCUGCGGCCAAAGGAAUUGGUAGGAUGGCUGCGAGGCUCCCCAAAGAGCUGGCGGAUGAUGUGGUUGGGUCCGUGUUGGAUUGUUUCAGCUUUCAGGAGACGGACGGUGCCUGGCACGGUGGCUGUCUGGCGUUGGCAGAACUGGGCAGAAGAGGCCUGUUGCUCCCUUCACGGCUGGAGGACGUUGUUCCCGUGAUCCUGAAGGCGCUGACCUAUGAGGAGAAGCGGGGCUCCUGCAGCGUAGGUACCAACGUCAGGGACGCCGCCUGCUACGUGUGCUGGGCCUUCGCACGUGCCUAUGAGCCCCGGGAGCUGCAGCCCUUCGUGGCCGCCAUCUCCAGCGCUCUGGUGAUUGCCACGGUGUUUGACCGAAACAUCAACUGCAGGAGAGCAGCCUCUGCCGCUUUCCAGGAGAAUGUGGGAAGACAGGGCACUUUCCCUCACGGGAUCGAUAUUUUGACUGCAGCCGACUACUUUGCUGUUGGCAACAGAGCUAACUGCUUCCUGGUUAUAAGCACGUUUAUUGCCGGCUUUCCUGAGUACACUCAGCCAAUGAUAGACCACCUGGUGACCAUGAAGAUCAACCACUGGGAUGGAGUCAUCAGAGAGCUGUCUGCGAAAGCUCUGCACAACCUGGCCCAGCGAGCGCCUGAGUACAGCGCCACUCACGUUCUCCCGCGUCUGCUGUCGAUGACACAGAGUCUGGAUCUGCAUACACGGCACGGGGCUGUGCUCGCCUGUGCGGAGGUCACCCGUGGCCUGUACAGACUCGCGGUGCAGGAGGACAGGCCCAUCACAGACUACCUGGAUGACGCGGCAGUGCGGGGCCUGAAGCACAUUCACCAGCAGCUUUACGAUCGUCAGUUGUACAGGGGUCUAGGAGGAGAACUCAUGAGACAAGCAGUGUGCGUUCUGAUUGAGAACCUGUCCCUUUCUAAGAUGCCUUUUAGAGGUGACGCCAUCAUUGAUGGUUGGCAGUGGCUGAUAGAUGACACUUUGAGAAAUCUCCAUCUUAUUUCAACUCCUUCUAGACAACAGAUCAAGGAAGCAGCCGUCUCGGCCCUGGCUGCACUCUGCCGCGAGUACUACGCCCGGGAGGCUGGGGAGGCAGAUCCCACUAGGCAGGAGGAGCUGACCCGGCAGUAUCUUGCUGACCUGCAGAGCCCAGAGGAGCUGACCCGCUGCGGCUUCUCGCUGGCUCUGGGUGCCCUCCCGCGCUUCCUCCUGAGCGGCCGGCUGCAGCAGGUGCUGGCAGGCCUGGGAGCUGUGACCCUCAUUCGUCCUGAGGAUGUGAGCUUUGCUGAAUCCAGGCGGGAUGCCUUGAAGGCGAUCUCGAGGGUUUGCCAGACGGUUGGCGUGAGAGCAGGAGGGGCCCCAGACGAAGUUGUAUGUGAAGCAAACGUCUCUCAGAUUUACCGCACGCUGCUGGGCUGUCUGCGCGACUACACCACCGACAGCCGUGGGGACGUGGGCGCAUGGGUCCGUGAGGCCGCUAUGACCAGUCUGUUGGACCUGAUGCUCCUGGUGGCGAGGGAACAGCCAGAACUGAUCGAGGCCACUGUCUGUCAGCAGGUCAUGUGUUGCGUGGCCCAGCAGGCAAGUGAGAAGAUCGACCGGGUCCGCGCGCACGCCGCCCGCGUGUUCAUGGCCCUGCUGCAUUCUGGUGGCUCCCCUGUCCCCCACGUGCCUCAUCGAGCAGAGCUGGAAAAGCUCUUCCCCAGGUCCGACAUGGCCUCUGUGAACUGGAAUGCGCCGUCCCAGGCCUUCCCUCUCGUCACCCAGCUCCUGGGGCUGCCUGCCUACCGCUACCACGUCCUGCUGGGGCUGGCCGUGUCUGUGGGCGGCUUGACGGAGUCCACGGUCAGGUACUCCACUCAGAGCCUCUUUGAGUACAUGGCGGGGAUCCAGAAAGACCUGCGGGCCCUGGAGGGCUUCAGCGGGACCCUCCUGCAGGUCUUUGAGGACAACCUUCUGAACGACAGGGUGUCUGUGCCGCUGUUGAAGACGCUGGACCAGAUGCUGGCCAACGGCUGCUUUGACCUCUUCACCGCGGAGCAGAACCACCCCUUUGGCGGGAAGCUGCUUGCGCUUUGCAAGGAGGAAAUCAAGAAGUCUAAGGAUGUGCAGAAACUGCGGUCGAGCGUCGCCGUGUUCUGCGGGAUGGUGCGGUUCCCGGGCGACGUGAGGAGGAAGGUGCUCCUGCAGCUGUGCCUGCUGCUCUGCCACCCGUUCCCUGUGAUCCGGAAGACCACGGCCAGCCAGGUGUACGAGAUGCUGCUCACCUACGGUGACAUCAUGCGUGAGGACGUCCUGGAUGAGGUCAUGGCUGUGCUGGGCACCACGGCCUGGGAUGCGGAGCUCCCGCUCGUCAGAGGCCAGCGGAACCGCCUGUGUGACCUCCUCGGUGUGCCCAGACCUCAGCUGGUCCCCAAGGUAGCCGCGCGGCCCUCGGCCACACUGGGAACCUGGGGCCCUUCCCACACGAGGCCUCUAAGUGCAGCUCCCAGGAGCCACUGUCCCGAGCUCCAGUCUGGGACGUUCUGGGUCACGUUGACUGCUGGGCGCGUGCCUUACCCCGCCUGCCCCGUGUACACUCUGCUGGCUCCUCCUCCCAAAGCCAGAGGAGUCUCACAGGCUCCUGCGUGCACGUCCCCACCAGGCGUGUGUCAGGUGUGUCCUGUGGGCACUGCUCCCAGACACGUCCUCUGCGCCACCAGCCCUCAGCGGAGUUGUCAGUGACCUAGUUCAUUCUCUCAGAUGUGCUCCUCCGUCACGGCCGAAGGGAGGCUGCCUCGGGCCGGUUUCCACCAUCACUACCUCCCUGGAUACACGUCUGGUCCUGGGACUCUGUCACCCCAGGGUUUCCACGCCCCUGGCCUGUGCACUGUGGCUGCGGUGUCCUGAGGUUGCAGGGCCCUGAGCUGUCCCUCCAGGUUCUGCGUGACCAUCAGAUUUUAGGCUCUCGUGUGUGUGCUUGCAGGGAAUCAGGACAGACUCACGGUCAGUGUCUCCUCAGGCCGUGGGCUCUGCCAGAGCGCAGCGGCACAUUCUGUGACCACUGGGGACG